CUUCUGGAAAUACAUGUUGACAUGUGAGAUUAUUUAUUACUGGAAGAAAUAAAAGAUGUGGGUGAAAGAUGGGCGGUAUAAGGUUGUGGGCGGAGCUAACUAAGUGGUGUACGGUAUUAACUGGUGAGGACAGAAGGAAGAAGGCACAGUGAAAAUGGCUCUCUACCAACUUCUGUGUGGUUCGGCAGUGAUGAUCAUCCUCUUGUCCAGUGGAUGUCAUUCACAACAGCAGCCAGCAUGUGGCCGGGCACCAAACAACCCCAGAAUUGUGGGAGGUCAAAACGCGGCCCCAGGAACUUGGCCAUGGGUAGCCAGUUUACAAAUUGAUGAAGAGCACAGUUGUGGAGGAUCCCUGAUUAGCGACAUGUGGGUUCUGACCGCUGCUCACUGCAUCCCAUCGAUAUCAACCAACAUGACGAUUGUUCUGGGCCUCGAAAACAUGACAGGUCCAAACGUGAACGAAGUAUCAAGGGUAGUUGAUAAGAUCAUAUCCCAUCCUGCUUACGACCCAUGGAGCAAUGACAACGACAUGGCUCUUCUGAAGCUGUCGGCACCUGUCAAGUUUACUGACUACAUACAGCCGGUGUGCUUAGCCUCUGCAAACAGCACGUUCCAUACCGGUGUCCGCAACUGGGUCGUUGGGUUUGGUACUACCUCAAGUGGUGGCCCCCAAGCUGACAUCCUGCAGGAAGUGAAGGUCCCAAUUGUGGGAAACAAUGAGUGCAAAUGUGCCUACCCAUACCUCACAGACAACAUGAUCUGUGCUGGGUUCAGACUUGGAGGGAAGGAUUCAUGUCAGGGAGACUCAGGUGGACCAAUGAUGGUCGAAAAGGAUUCCUUCUGGGUCCAGAGUGGCGUUGUGAGUUUUGGCCAAGGCUGCGCGGAGCCGAAUUUUCCUGGAGUUUACGCUCGGGUGUCCAAGUACGAAGACUGGAUCAAAAGUCACACUGGCUCUAGCCAAAUAGGCUUUGUUGACUUCAUCUCUGAGGGAGGUGACAGCGACUCAAACUCUAGCUGUUCAUCAACUACCCCACCCACCCAUCACCCCCACACCACCAAUGAUGACGACAGUGUGUUUAGCAGUGGUGAGAGUGUGAUUCACUUCUCCUCACUCGGUCUUCUCCUUAUGUCGCUCAAUGUGCUGCUCGGAGUUUAGGGUUCCUGUGCCCACAUGGCUCGUUCACUUGAUUUGAUAUGAGCCCUCAUCUUUCAAAAAUAGAAAAUAUGAGUAAAUAUACAUAACUGAAAUGUUUUAAUUACCAAUAACACUUCUUUUGAUUUAAAAAAAUGUGAUUUCUCUACUUUUUUUUGCCUUUAAGUUAAGUGUAAAGUUAAAUCUUGAUUAAAUCUCUGGUGCAAAGUCAGAGUGGAUUGAUGUAAGGUUUGAGGAAAAGUUCAAUGAUUUUGUAAUGUUUUUCCACGUAAUAAAAACUAAAUAAAUCAGA